UCUCUUUCGGGCCGCAUUGUUGGUGGAGUGUGGUGGUUCUUUACCCUCAUCAUCAUCUCAUCCUACACUGCCAACUUGGCUGCCUUCCUCACAGUGGAGAGGAUGGUAUCUCCAAUAGAAAGUGCAGAGGAUCUGGCUAAGCAGACAGAGAUUGCCUAUGGGACGCUGGAUGCUGGCUCCACCAAAGAGUUCUUCAGGAGGUCAAAGAUCGCCGUCUUUGAGAAGAUGUGGUCCUACAUGAAGUCAGCCGACCCAUCAGUGUUCGUCAAGACCACCGACGAGGGCGUGAUGAGAGUCCGCAAGUCCAAGGGCAAGUAUGCCUACCUGCUGGAGUCCACCAUGAAUGAGUACAUAGAGCAAAGGAAACCCUGUGACACAAUGAAGGUGGGCGGCAACCUGGAUUCUAAAGGUUACGGGAUCGCUACACCCAAGGGAUCGCCUCUCAGAAAUCCAGUAAACCUGGCGGUGUUAAAACUGAACGAGCAGGGCCUCUUGGACAAAUUGAAAAACAAGUGGUGGUACGACAAGGGAGAGUGCGGCAGCGGGGGCGGGGACUCCAAGGACAAGACAAGCGCUCUGAGCCUCAGCAACGUGGCGGGAGUCUUCUACAUCUUAAUCGGGGGCCUUGGCCUGGCCAUGCUAGUGGCCCUGGUGGAGUUCUGCUACAAGUCCAGGACCGAGUCGCGCCGAAUGAAGGUGUCCACCGCGCGGGCUGCUGCCGCCACAGCCGCUCAGGCCUUUCACUGCUCAGCCUUAGACAGUGGUGCUAGCGCCCCCUACACAGAGCUGCAGAGCUACGGCCUGUACGCCAACAACACUGUUAAGAUA